CCCUCUCUCGUGGCGCAAGAUGGCGUCGCCGGGCGCCGCUGCUCAGGCGGCCGCCGCCGCCUCGUCUUUUCUGGGCUUCAGCGCCAGCUCGCGCGACCCGGGCCGGCUCCCCUCGCGGCGGGCCGGCGGCCUGGGCGCCCGGAACCGCAAGAAGGGCUGGAAGCGCUGGCGGGGCCCCGAGGCCAAGCUGGGCCGGGAGCUCGGGGACUGGCUGGAGGAGCGAGCCUCCGAGCUGCGGCACUUGGGAGGUCCAGUGUCAGAAAAGCCAGAUGAAAGCCUUUUCUUCCUAGAUACCAGCAGCGAACAGCAAGGCCAGAAUCAGAAGCCAGCCAAAGAGAGACCUCUGAAGAUUGACUUGAUCCUACAGCCAGAUUCCAAAGUGCCUCCACCCAAAAACAUCCUUGCCUAUCAGGUCCCCAACGGCCGGAAGCUGAAGCAGAAGCAGCGACUCUGGGAGAAGCUGGCAGAGAAAGGGGUGGUGCCCCGAAAAGAGCGGCUUCUCCAGCAGAGGUUGCAAAACCCCCCCAAAGCCGAUGCAGCCGGAGCAGGCAGUGGGACCAAUCCCUCCAGGGAGUUCUAUGACAUUUGGUCAGGUUCAAACCCGCUUGACAAAGCUCUGGCUGGGAAGGACGUCUGGUUCCUGGAGCAGACCAAGAAGCAGCCUGUGAAGCGUCCCGACAGGUUGAAGAAGGCCCCAUCAGAGCUGCCAGCCAUGGAGGUCAUCUCGCCAGGAGGAUCCUACAAUCCCAGCUUCCAGUCUCACCAGGCAUUGCUCCUCCAGGCCUUUGAAGCUGAGCUGGGGAGGCAGAAGGCAGAGGAGAAGCUGCAGCGGCAGUUGAAUUUUCCCACGGCAGCCGAGGCCCCCACCCAGGAGACAGUGUUUCAGGAGCAGUGCGAGGGCCUCAUGGAAGAGGAAUCGGAGGGCGAGGAAGGGCAGGACAGCCCGUCGUUGCCACAGGAGGAGGAUCUGGAGGCAGCCUCUGCCCCUGCCCCCCAUCUUCUCACAGCAACGGCAGUCAGAGAAAAGAAAACAGAACGACAGCGAAAGAAAGAGAAAACAGCCAAGCAGCUGAAAACCCGAGAGCUCUCCGAGAAGGCAGCCCGACACCGGCAUCAGGAGCUCUUUCAGCUGCGGUCCAUCCGGCUGCAGCUGAAACAGCGGGAGGCUGAGCUGCAGCGCCGGAAGCAGAUUCGGGAAGCCAAGCGGAAGUUGGAGGCCGUCAAGCCAAAGCGGCUGGGCAGGCUCAAGUACGAAGAGCCAGACGUGGAUGUGCAGCUGAGCAGCGAACUGGCAGAGUCCUUGAGGACGCUGAAGCCAGAAGGCAGCAUCCUGAGGGACCGGUUCAAGAGCUUUCAGAAACGCAACCUUAUUGAACCCCGAGAGCGGGCCAAGUUCAAAAGGAAAUACCGUCUGAAAUAUGUGGAGAAGCGAGCCUUCCGGGAGAUCACAUUAUAGAAGCAUGAGAAUAGAGCUGCCCAAGAGCUCUCACGCUGCCCUCCCGGUUCAUUAAAACUCCCAUCAACCAAA